GAACAAAGAUGUAUUAACUGUUCGAUUAUGGGUAACAUAUAUGUUAGAAAAAUUCAAACUUAUAUCUAAACCUAAAGAUAAUAUGAUAUCAUUAUCCCAAACAAUCCAAACAGUAAAGGUGAGUUCAUCUAUCAUUAAAGUGAAGGAGAUAGCAGAUGUUUCUAAUGCUACUAUUGUCAAUUGUGAGACUGCUAAAUUUUGGAGAAUAAACCAAAGAAGACUUUAG